CGGCAGGCGUGGGAGCUUCGAAGAUGGCGGCCGCCACGGCGCUGAUCCUGCCGGAGAGCCCCAGCAUGAAAAAAGCAGUGUCGCUGAUAAAUGCAAUAGAUAUAGGAAGAUUUCCACGAUUGCUCACCCGAAUUCUUCAAAAACUUCACCUGAAGGCUGAGAACAGUUUCAGUGAAGAAGAAGAAGAAAAACUUCAGGCUGCAUUUUCUCUAGAGAAACAAGAUCUUCACCUAGUUCUUGAAAUAAUAUCGUUCAUUUUAGAACAGGCGGUGUAUCACACCGUGAAGCCGGCCACUUUGCAGCAGCAGUUAGAGGCCCUUCAUCUCAGACCAGACAAAGCAGAAGCGUUCGGCAAUGCUUGGUCUUCUAUGGGUCAAGAAACUGUUGAAAAAUUCAGGCAGAGGAUUCUUGCGCCCCACAAGCUCGAGACGGUCGGAUGGCAGCUUAACCUUCAGAUGGCUCACUCUGCUCAAGCGAAACUGAAAUCUCCUCAGGCUGUAUUACAGCUAGGAGUGAGCAAUGAAGAUUCAAAGAGCGUGGAGAAAGUUCUUGUGGAAUUCAGUCACAAGGAAUUGUUUGAUUUCUAUAACAAGCUGGAGACCAUACAAGCGCAGCUGGAUUCCCUCACAUGAUGUUCCUGAAGACUGGCUUCUCCAUCACACUCCUGCCACCUCAUCAUUCUGCACUGACGAUGGGCCGCCAGGUUAUGUUUUCCGAAGGAUUCAGUAGCUUUCUUCUUGUAAAUGACGGGGCUUACCGCUUCUUAGAGAAAUAACAGCCAAGGGAGAUCAUUGUUUCGAGAGCUUCUAAUACCCAUUCUCUCCUUCUGUGAGCCAACGGCAAACAAUUGUAAAGAAUGCUUUCGCUUAAAAGGAAACAGUAAAUACCGUAUUGUUAUUACUGUCUUGUUUUUGCUUUAUUGCCUGACCUGUUCAUUUUUUACAUAUUUGAUGACACCUUUAUGUAUCAAGGAGGCUCCCUGGAUACAAGGGAUAAUGUGUACCUUAGAAUACAAAACUCUGGUAAUUACCUUAUUAAAGCAAGAAAGCAACCAAAUGCAAUCAGAUACUCUAUUUUUCCUUGAGUAUAAUGAUGUUUUGCUUGGGAAAUAACAUAGGAAAGAAAUUUAAAAGAGAGAUGGUAGUAGUGUAUCAGUUAAUUCCAGUGUGAGCUUCUCAGUGCACUUUAAUUUUUUUGUCUGAGUGUAAUGAUCUAAUAAUAGUCCAGGUUUCUGUGUGCUUUUCUUUGUGCUGCAAAUUAAUAAUGAUUCACUUCAUAGUAAGGGAGAGAUUCAGAUCAUAAAUAAAAAUAAUUGUCAUGAGUGCUAAGUCAUUAUCCUUAAAAUUUCAAAACAGAUACCUUUUACAUUUUCUUUCUAUAAAUAUGUUAAUUAAUUGUAGUCAAUAAAAUGUUUAUGUUUUAGAAUUAGGUGAACUGAAGUACACAGUAUUUUAUGCUGUGACUAUAUAUAAACGUGAGUAUGGUUGCCUAUAAAAAAAUAUUACCAGUUGGAUUUUUUAUGAAUGAAAUAUUUGUUCUCUAUAGUUUCCACAGAGAGAAACAGAGCCGGUAGGAGUGGGGAGUUGGGAGGGGAGAAAUUGAGGGUGACAUAGACAUUGAUUUGAGUCAAAUGUGACUUUAUUCAUAUGGAGGAAUUUGAUCUCAGAAAGGUCCUAUGGUUAAACAAACAGCCAUUGAAAUUAAAUCACAGUCCUUUUAUGAGGU